AAUGGACUCUCGGAGCAGGCGCCGCUGCUGUCCAGCCUGCCCUCCUUCCAGUGCUUCCACAUCGUCAUCCUGGGCCUCGACUCGGCCGGCAAGACCACGGUGCUCUACCGGCUGCAGUUCAACGAGUUCGUCAACACCGUGCCCACGAAGGGCUUCAACACGGAGAAGAUCAAGGUGACGCUGGGCAACUCCAAGACGGUCACUUUCCACUUCUGGGAUGUGGGCGGCCAGGAGAAGCUGCGGCCCCUCUGGAAGUCGUACACGCGCUGCACCGACGGCAUCGUGUUCGUGGUGGACUCCGUCGACGUCGAGAGGAUGGAGGAGGCCAAAACGGAACUGCACAAAAUCACUAGGAUAUCAGAAAAUCAAGGAGUGCCUGUGCUUAUAGUGGCUAACAAGCAGGACUUGAGGAACUCACUGUCUCUCACCGAAAUUGAGAAGAUGCUGGCGAUGAGCGAGCUGAGCUCGUCCACCCCAUGGCAUUUGCAGCCUACGUGUGCGAUCAUUGGGGACGGGCUCAAAGAGGGACUAGAGAAGUUACACGACAUGAUAAUUAAGCGAAGGAAAAUGUUGAGGCAGCAGAAAAAGAAGAGAUGAGUUCCAGGCUGACCUUCCUCUUCCAGAGUAGCUACACGGUCAAAAUUUGACGUGAGACAGCUUCCAAACCCAGGCCUGCCUGCGUGCGUGGAUGCCGUUAAGCUUAGUUAUGUUAAACACUCGGUUGCACAACCUGGCCUUGUGGGAGGCUGUGCAGUUGCGGAGUUUAUUUUUAUUUUUAUUUUUCCUUUUAAUAGUCUCUUCUGAGUUUUAAGGCUCUGCAUUAUUUCAGAAGCCCUAAUAGGUAAUGUAAUGCUAUCAGGAAAUGGAUGGGUGGGUAAAUGUGACAUGGAUGUCUAAAUAGCCAAAUAAAACGAGGGAUUUUUGCGUAGUGUUGUAUUCAUAUGUUUGAGGGUACCCUCUGCAAUCAGUUUGCAUUGAAGGUGUUCUGUGUUUUUUAAACUUCUAAUGCUCGUACGUGGAGUGUUUAGGUGAACAUUAUACAGCUUUAAAAACAUCUAUGGAGCUAGUAACCCAUUACUUCAGGAGGCUGUAUUUAUUUUAUUUGGGGAUCUCUAUGAAAGCUUGGCUACACGUGUAGUUUUUCUAAUUUGGCACUUCUGAAAUCGAAUCAUGCUCAGUUCAAAUACUUGAAACAUCAGUGCUGUGGAUUCUUCAGCUGAUAAAGACUUGUUUGACAAGUAAAAUAUAAACAACACGCUGGAGCAUGGAGAAGUGGUUUCCCAACGUAUAGCAUGUUUUUGAUAUGCAAGGUUUUUAUUUUUUAGAAGUAGCCAUUCAUCACUAUACAGUGCUAAUCGGGUUUAAACAUCUGUA